GUUUAACAUGCUGAUGUAUUUUGUAACAGUAGAGAGAGAGAGAAAGACUGAUCUACUGCGCCGGCACUGCAGGUUAAAGCUUGAACGGGUUUCGCAAGUUACGAAGGGGGUAGUUUUUGCAACACUAUGCUAGGAGAGUGGAGAGGCGUGACUAAGCGGACAAGGGUGUGACCCUUCUCUGUGAUUGGUGGACAGAGAUUGAUGGUUGACAGACAGACGGAUAAAGAGAACGAGACAGACAGGAGAGGAGAGACGGAGAGAGAGAGAUGGCUCACAACGUCAACUUUGACCUGACUGCUCAACACAUGGAGGCUGGCCUGGAGAGCCCAGCGGAUGAAGAGGGGGUCCAUGACUCCUUUAACCAGCUGAUAGAGGAUCAGAGACAGGAAGCCUUUGAGCUGCAGGAACUACAGAGAGACCUGGACGAGGAGGAAAGAGACAGUGUAGCGUACCUGUCCAGCCCUGGUCGGGAGAUGUGGCGUGGGAGCCAGGGGAGAGGUGAGGAGGAGGAGGAGGAGGGGAGACAGUUAGACCCCCUUAUAGAGGAACGCUGGUCCUCCGCCACCCUCAAAGUCCUCUCCUCCAUGCCCAGCCGCACCAUCGGUCGUAGUCGAGGUGCUAUUAUCUCUCAGUACUAUAACAAGACCAUGAAGUUGAGAAGACGCAGACAGAGCAGGCCUUCCAUAAAAGACUUUUCCCGCUCCGCACGGCCCAGUAUCCGUGGUUACGGCAUGGAGUCAGACUGCAUGGAGACCGAGGGCGUGGAUGAGGAGGGGCGUAAGCGUGACCAACUGGUCAACAACCUUCAGAACCUCUCUCUGAGUGACCGGGUCAGGAUGCUGCGAGCCAUGCCUCUCUCUGUGGCAGAGAAGAGUGAACUCAGGAGGUUGGCUGGCAGGAAGGGUCAACGCUCCAAUCACAGUCAGAUCCCGUGCUGCAGCCAGCUCAAGUAUCACAUCAUCAUCGCUCUGAGACAGAGCUGGUACAGCUGUCUCUCCUUCCUCCACUCCCUACAGCUGUGGCAGGUGGCGCUGAAGAGGGUGAGCGGUCGUUUCGGCACCGGCGUCCUCUCUUACUUCCUGUUCGUCAAGACCCUCCUCUUCUUCAACAUCUUCCUGUUCCUGGUCACGGGUUUGUUCCUGGCCCUGCCCCAGGCAGUACACCCCCCCACGUUAACCCAGGGACACGAAGCCUUCUCUGGGCUGGAGCUGCUCACUGGAGGGGGUUAUUUCUCAGACUCAGUGAUGUACUAUGGUUACUAUAGUAACUCUACCCUGUAUAAGGACUGUAGAGUCACUAGUAGCAGUAUGGACCAGCAGCCCAGUCCCUCUGUAUCUAGAAGGACAAUGGAAACAGACUGUGGAGUGAAGCUGUCCUAUAACAUGCCCCUGGCAUACUUCUUCACCAUAGGAGUGGCUUUCUUCAUCACCUGCAUCAUCCUCGUCUACAGCAUGUCCAAGUCGUUUGGGCAGAGCUUCCGUAUAGACAAGUCACAAGGUAUCCUGGCGAUGAAGGUCUUCUGUUCCUGGGACUUUAAAGUCAUCAAGAAGACCUCCGUCAAACUCCGCUCUGAAAACAUCUGCACUCAACUCAGGGAGUUGUUAGAGGAGACUAGUCGUAAGCAUGUCCAGAAGACUGUGUGUCAGAGAACAGGACGUGUGUUAGUACAUGUUCUGGCGUGGUUCAUCUGUAUAGGCAGUACAGUGGCCUGUGUUCUAGCUCUCUACUACUUCUCUGAGUACAUGCACAAGGACCUCCAGUACAGAUCUCGUAUUCCCACUAAGGACCCUCUCCUGAAGGAAGCCAGUCUGUUAGCCCUGCCGGUCGUAGUGUCUCUCAUCAACCUCCUGCUCCCUGGUCUCUUCAACGCUACUGCCUGGAUGGAGGAGUACGACUCGCCCAGCGUAAACACAUACGUCGCCAUCAGCAGGAACCUGAUGUUGAAAGUGAGCGUGCUCGUAGUGCUGUGCUUCCAUUGGCUGGGCCGGAUCGCUUCUGACCCCCACAGCAUCGGCCUGCAGUGCUGGGAGAGUUUUGUAGGACAAGAGCUGUACCGUUUCCUUCUCAUGGACUUCAUCUUUACCAUACUGGACACCUGCUUUGGAGAGUUCCUCUGGAGGUUGUUUUCUCAGAGGGUGUUGAAGAGGAAAAGAAAGCCUGUGUUUGACAUCUCCAGGAACGUGUUGGAACUCAUCUACGGACAGACACUGGCCUGGUUGGGGGUGUUGUUCACUCCUCUGCUUCCUGCUGUACAGAUCAUCAAACUGCUGCUUCUCUUCUACAUGAAGCAGACUAGUGUGAUGAUGAACUGCCAGUCCCCUAGGAAGCCCUAUAGAGCCAGUCAGAUGAGCACCAUCUUCAUCACUCUCCUCUGCUGCCCUUCCUUCCUGGGGGCUGCUGUUUGUGUCAGCUACACCAUGUGGAGUAUCCGUCCGUCUGAGUCAUGCGGGCCGUUCCGUAGCCUGUCCACUAUGUUCCAGUCAGGGAAGCUGUGGGUGAAGGAGUUGGAGACACACAACCCUAACCUGGCCUGGUUAGCCUGGGCUCACAGCUACAUAGUGGAGAACCCUCUGUUUCUGUUCCUGGCUGCUGGGAUCUUCCUGAUAGUGAUUUACUUCAACACCCAGGUGGUGGAUGGACAGAGGAAGAUUAUCAGUCUGCUGCAGGAGCAAAUAGAAAACGAGGGGGAGGAUAAGAAGUUCCUGAUCACUCGUCUCCAGGCCAUCCACCAGCAGAAACGACCCCUCUCCCCUCGCAGACUCACCAGUCAGGCCAGUCAGGAUUCCAACAGCUAG